CCUCUUACCUGAGCGAGAGUAGAGCACACACACAGAUACCUUUAACAUGAGGAUGGAUUGUGUGUGUGUGUGUGUGUGUGUGUGUGUGUGUGUGUGUGUGUUUGUUCUCCACUCUUCCACCCUCCGUGUCUUGGCAGAAUCUAUGGAAAAUGAAAACCCGAACCCGAAUCCUGUUUAAAGACCCUGCAGUAGCACAUUUGAUUUUGAACAACCAUUUCUCUGGUAGGGAGGAUUGAAGGAAGAUAGCUUUGUGAUACACGUUUGGGAGACAAAUUAAGGGUUUCUGUUAUGAAUUAACAGUAACAUUUUACAUUUUAAAGGGUAAUGGAAACAGAAAGUACAUCUAAGCAAAGAGAUGUAUUCAAUCCACUAAUACUAAACAUGUGCAUUUAACAUAAACACAUCUCUACAUUUAGUAUUUUGAUCAUUGACAAGGUUUAUUUGAGCUAUGGUCAGCGCCAUUUUAAAUUGCCAUAGUAACGACUGACGCCAGUGCGUCACUGGCAGGAAUCAUCAAAUUGUCUGUGGUGUUGAGGCUUCGAACACACCGACAGCGUUUUUUGCAUUUCGGCACACCAGAAUUACAUUGAUUUCCAAUGAAACGCUGCGUUUGCCUUGCACCAUUGUGUUGCAGAGGCAGUUGCAGUGCGUUCAGUGUGGUACAAACGGUGUGGUGCAAGCUAUACUGUUACUAGCUGCCCAGUGUAGUUACCAUUCCUUUCCAAUAGAUGGGAGCAACAGCUAGUUGAAGUCACUGCUCUAGCGACAGGGACACGGGAUUAGUGCGCGUUGAGAGUUAUUUUAUUUUAUAAGCAAGUUUCUGGUUAUGCUUGAACCUGUCGUUAUAGUGGACAAGCUAACCAAUACUAUUUUUUACAAAAUGCGCAGGCACUAUGUCUUGAAAAAAAGGAUAGAUUUACUAAAUUAACUGGUUUUAUUCAAACUCUAUGUAAAUGCCUUUGCUUCUGGGUAUGCGCGCCUUAGGGAAGAAACGACACACGCCGUACACCUCGUCUAAUUCUCCCUUGUGCCCAUAGGGUGAACUGGCGAUAAACUGCCACCCUGUAUGACAUGUCGCGGCGCAGUAUGAGGCUGGUUUUAGGGGGAUACUACCACCAGUCAUCAGACGAUGAUGAGUCCUCCUCAGUUUCCUACAGGGAGAGCCCCGUGAGGGUUUUUACUAAGAGGAAGACAGGUGGUCGUAAAGUGGCGGCCUCUCGUACCUCCAGCCGGGCCAACAGCGUGGCUAGCACCGCUAGCAGCAAGGGUAGUACAGUGGAGCCACCCAUCAAUGCUGAGGACUACAUUGGGGUCUCAAGCUUGGUUCAGAGAAGGAAGACCUUCCAGGAACCUCUUGCCCCAGCCCCCAGCCUGAACCUGGCUCCCAGCCCCAUGGGCUUCUCGUCCUGCCAGACCGGCCUGAACCAGGCUCCCAGCCCCAGGGGCUUCUCGUCCUGCCAGACCGGCCUGAACCAGGCCCAGAGCCAGACCAGCGCCAUGGACAGCUCUGGUUACUCCUCUUCAGAGGCAAGACGUUACAGAGGAUACUCUGGAGACUCCUCCUUAGGCGAACAAAGGGCUAGCGCCAGCCAGAGAUCUGGCACUAACAGGACAAGUGCUAGAGCCAAUUGGACCCCUCCGUUUAUCCCGGCCGAUGUGGGGAAGGCCAUUCUAAUUGCCAUCCUCCUCAUCCUAUUGACCUUCGGCUGCUGGCUCCUUGCCCCCUUGGUAUGGGCCACCCUGACUUCAGCCCUGAAUGCUAUCACUAUGACCCUGAACCGACCUGUCAUCACCCCAACUCCGCCACCUGUCUUCACUACGCCACCUGUCAAGGCUAUGGAUGGAGCUUCGGUAUUGCAUUCUGCUCUGGAAGCCAAGAUGAACACCAUCCUGAGAGAAAUUGAAAUUCUUAAGAAGAAGGAACACCAGCAGAAAUUUGUAACCGAGAUGGUAGAGAGACUGCAGACAGACUUGGCAGACGUCAGAACAGACAUGAGGGACGUGAGAGUGAGAGUGGACAGUGUGAAUCCACUGGAUUGGCAGCAUCGUUUGAGCGAGCAGACAGCCGGCUUCAUCAGUCAGGUGGGCGAGCUGAAGGACCAACACACACACGUCAAGCAGCGAGUCGCUGCCCUGGAGGACCAGAGUGCCACGCUGGGGAAGCAGGUCUACUCUGUUCAGAACCAGCCUCCUCCAGCUCCCACAGCCAACACACACCUGACCCCUGAGCUCGAAGAGGCCAUGGCCAAAUGGCUGCAUGAAAAUGUGCCCCAGAAUGAGCCACGGAUGGUGAAAGAGGUUGUGAAGAACUGCAGUCCCCUAUUGGCUGACAGGAUGCCAGACUUUGCCUUGGAGUCCCAAGGUGCCAGUGUUGUGAGCACACGGUGUUCCGAGACGUACCGUACCCGCUCGGCAUGCGUGUCCUUCCUGGGUGUACCCCUCUGGUACCCCUCUGAGAACCCCCGCACUGUUAUCCAGGGUCAGGCGGUGCAAGCUGGGAAGUGCUGGGCGUUCUAUGGAGCGCAGGGCACCCUGGUCAUCGCCCUAUCUCAUCCUGCCCACAUCACCCACGUCACACUGGAGCACCUGCCGGUCUCCAACGCGCCCACCGGACGCAUCGACAGCGCGCCCAAGGCCUUCUCUGUCUACGGUAUGUCCACUGAGACAGAAGACGGCACCUGGCUGGGAACCUUCACUUAUGACCAGCACGGAGGGGCAAUCCAGACCUUCCAACUGCCUAAUCCUACCAGGGCCAUCUAUUAUUUUGUGGAGCUGCGCGUUCUGAGUAACUGGGGUCACCUGGAGUACACAUGCGUGUACCGCUUCCGUGUGCACGGACACAUGGCCUCCUCCUCCAAGUGAGAGACGUUCAUCGUCCACCUCAACCGCAGACCUCCGAGGCUUCGCUUUCAUAUCAGAGCAACGUUCUUUUUGAAUCUCGACAUUAUGACGGACCAUUCUAAAUAAAUGUCUUUAUUUGGCGUAAUCAGGAUGGCUUCCUAAACUGGCUUCUGCCGGGUGUGAGGUCAGAGGUCAGCAAGGUUUUGUUACAAUUUGCAGUUUCAUUUCUGGCAGAGGUAUUGACCUGGCUAAUAGGAGUGUGGGGAUGGGUUUUUGAGAGUUUCAAAUUGAACUGUGUGUGUAUGUGUGUGUGUGUGUGUGUGUGCUUUUGAGCAUGGAUUAUUUGUUUGCAUUUUAUUAACGUCCGGCCACAGCGGACAAAGAUUUCAGAUUGUACUUUGAAUGUGUGUUUAUGACAAUCCCUCCUGUGUUACUGGGCUCUUAUUUUGUUUAAUUUCAUCUGUCUUAAAAUUAUAUACAAAGGUUUAAUUAUGGUUAAAAAUAGCGUUGUUGGAUGUAUAUAUUGCAAGAAUCAAGAUGUAUUGUUCAUUAUUUUAUUAGUCCGAUAAGAAUAGGAUGUAAUAUGUUUGUAAAUGAUUUUUCUGUUGGCCUGAAUGGUUAAGUCUCGACCCACCUUGCCAAUAGGCUUCCUAUUACAGGAUGAACUAUAUGAUUGUAGAUGAUUUCUACUUUGCAUUUGGUAAUGCACUGGUGUUUCAAUGUCCUUUAUAAUAAUAGAGACUAGAGAGAAAUAGACAGGAGCACACUGAGGUUGCAACGUAUUAUCUUUCACAUUUAAAAAAAAACCUUUUCCCCAAUUUCAUGGUAUCUAAUUGGUAGUUACCGUCUUGUCUCAUCGCUGCAACUCCCGUAUGGGCGAGGGUCGAGAGCCGCGCGUCUUCCGAAACACAACCCAACCAAGCCUUACUGCUUCUUGACACAAUGCCCACUAAACCCGGAAGCCAGCCGCACCAAUGUGUCGGAGGAAACGCCAUACACCUGGCGACCGGGUCAGCGUGCACUGCGCCUGGCCCGCCACAGGAGUCGCUUGUGCGCGAUGGGACAAGGCCAUCCCUGCCGGCCAAACCCUUCCCUAAUCCGGAUAACGCUGGGCCAAUUGUGCGCAGCUCCAUGGGUCUUCCAGUUGGGCUGGCUGCGACAGAGCCUGGACUCUAAUCUAGAAUCUCCAGUGGCACAGCUAGCACUGUGAUGCAGUGCCUUAGCCCACUGCCACUCGGGAGGCCUGGAACGUAUUGUCUGAAUUCAAAAAUACAGCUUAGUAUACAUGACUUGCAGCAUUUAUUUUGUCUUAAUUUGUAUUUUUACCAAUUUUGUUCAGUUUAAUAGUAAAUACAUAAUUGCUCUUACCAAUUUUACUGCAAUACUUGAAUAACUUUCACCUCAAAGCAAUGAGUCUAUUGCAAUGAUGUCUAAAUGUCAGGCUUUUCUACUUCUAAACAUUUGUAAAUAGCAAAAAAGUAACCUUGUACUUUUUGCUAGUGUUUGCUGAAAAUAAUCAGGAACUUUUUUUAUUUCAUGUUUUAAAUCAUUAUGUUUACAAUUACAGUAUUAUGUGCAGCAGUGGUAGCUAUAGACUAACAAAAGACUGAUCACAAAAAGAACCUAUACAGUAUGAUUAGCUCUCAAUAACAUUUUAUUUCGGUAUUGUGUUUUUCUGAUGUUACGGCAGUGAAACAUCAUACUUAACGCUGGGUCAAUUUGAAGUUUGUCCAAAUAAAACAGAAUAUAAGUAAAUCAUUUCCCCAUAGGAAUGUAGUUCAAUACCUGAAAUGACUGGCUAUGUAUCCACCUCAUUUUCAAAUGCUUUUAAAACACGGAAGCCAUGGUUACAACUUCCUCCUAAUCAUAAUUUCAUAUAUACAGUACCAGUCAAAAGUUUGGAGACACCUACUCAUUAAAGGCUUUUUAUUUGUACUAUUUUCUACG